GGUAAAUGUCAAGAAUUACUGAAUAAAGGUGGAAGAAUCUUUAUAUGCACCAAUGAGUUGUCAAAUGAGAAAAGUUGUAUUUCAAAAAUUGCAACAAAGGGUCCAACUGGAAAUAUUAUAAAUCACUUAGCAGUUGUAUAUCAGAUAUUCAAAAGUACACCUGUACCCAGAAAAUCAACUAAUCAAAAUAAACUAUUUAUGCCCAUAACUCAAGAAAAGCAAAAACAUCUUGAAUUUCUUCUUUAUGAAUGGAUUAUUUUAGGGGCUUUACCUAUAAGCAUGCUUGAAACUUCUUCAUUCUGGUGUUUUAUUAAUAAUCUUAUGCCUAUCUUUAAUAUUCCUAAUCAUAAAAGAUUUCAAAAUAAGAUUUUUGAAUCUAAAACUUAUGUAAGUUUAAAAAGUUCAGAAUUAUUAGAACAUGAAGCAAGUUGGCUAAAAGAAGUUAUUUUGGCAAUUAAAUAUCUCCCAUAUCCUCAUUCUGACAACAGCAGUAAUAUGAAGAAAGCACUUAAUCAGAUUUCUUGGAUUAAAAGGGUCUCAUAUACAGCAUAUACUAUUCAGUUGGUAGUUGGAAAAGGAAUGUUGUCAGCCAAAGUUUUAAUUGCAAGAGCAAAAAGACUAAUUAGUUUUUUUACUCGUCCUAAACAAAAUGAGAGAUUAAUUAAUGUUCAAAAACAAUAUGCCGUAAGUACAGAUGUUGAGGAGAAGUCAAUAAAUGAAUCACAAUUAGUUUUUUAUCAUGCGCUUACUGACUGUGAAACAAGAUGGUCAAGUACUUUCAAUGCAUGGGGUUAUUUGUUAAUUUUAAAGCUAUUUAUCGAGAUUCUUUCUACAACUAUGAAUGUAACAAAUGCUGAUGCAGAAACAAAAAAAGAUGGAAAGCAGUUAAAAAAAAUUAAUCUAACUUUUGAAGAAUGCUCUUUUAUCAAUGAAGUUAUGCCAAUUCUUGGCCUAUUCGCUGAAACCAUCGAAAGGCUGAAAGGAAGCCAAUAUUCGACAAUAAGUUAUAUAUACCCUGCAAUACAAAAAAUUAAAUCAAGACUUUCUUUUUUUGUAACUAUGGAUAAAAAUGAUAGUGAUAAUGAAAAUGACUUGGAGGAUGCUUUUGAUAAAUUACAAAUUGAAGAUGAUGCAGAAGAUGAUAAACUAAAGUCCUCACAAAAAAGAUUAAGAACAAAAUUAUAUGGUGAAAGUUUGUUCAAUUCUUAUAGUUCUGAUGUUGAUAAAGUCGAUAAAUAUUUGACAUUACAAGAAAUCUCUAAAGAUCAAAAUGCUCUAACAUGGUGA